AUGACCAUAUUUCUCGACGCCGCCCGCGUGAGCUCGGCUUGGCAUCUAUCACCGCAAAACAACAGCGAGGGUUAUAUCGCCCUGCUCUUGACAAUUCAAGUCAUCCUCAAGGUACUCUUACUCGCAGCUGAGUCCGUGUCAAAACCCACCGUCAUCGCCAUCCCAGCUCGGAGGGUCUCGAGAGAGGAGACAGCAGGUAUCUUUGGCAAGAGCUUCGCGACAUGGGUCAACCCUCUGCUGCGCCUAGGGUGGAAGAAGAACCUUGUAGCAGAAGAUCUUGAUCCGCUUGACGAAGCCCUCGAUGGCGAAGCGGUGCUUGAGCGCCUUUCCUCGGCAUGGACGAACGUCGAUCGCGACAAGAAUCACGCCCUAGUCGUUGCGGUCUUCAAGGCCUUCCGAGCCGAGCUGUUCUUCAUACACAUCCCGCGCGUCGGUAUGGUGGCCUUUGGUCUCGCGCAACCCCUCCUCGUGAAAACCACAAUCGAGUACAUUCGAGACCACCAUGACAAGCCCAUCAUUUACGGUCAAACCCUCGUUGCCGCCUUUGCCAUCACAUACCUUGGACUAGCCAUCUCUACAAGAUGGUCCGGCCAACUCACCCACCGUCUCAUCACCCGCAUCCGCGGCGCCCUCAUCGCCAUCAUCUACCAGAACAUGCUCACCCUCCGCGCAGAGACUGGUAACUCCCAAGCGGCAGUCGCGCUGAUGAGUACGGAGGUCGAGCGCAUCACCGUGGCGGCUCAAUGGUGCGUCGCUAUCAUCCCUAAUCUCCUCCAGCUCGGGUUCGCCAUGUGGAUCAUGAGCGAGCAGCUUGGGGCUGUGAGUGUUGCCCCUAUCAUCAUCGCGCUUCUCAGUGUGUCAGCCGGCAUCAAAACGGGGCAGCUGAUCCCGCCGCGCCAGCGGAGGUGGAUGCAGGCGAUCCAGAAGCGGGUUGGCAUUACCACAGAAAUCAUUGGCUCGAUCAAGGGCGUCAAGAUGAGCGGCCUGACUAGUACAGUUCAAGGGCAGAUUCAAGGCUUCCGGGACUUUGAGCUGGAUGAGUCGAAGAAGUUCAGGAGAGUGCAGAUUCUCAACGUUCUCAUCGGUCAAUUCCCAUCUAUCAUGACCCCGUCCAUCACCUUCGCCGCCUUUGGCAUCAUCUCGAAACUGUCCGGCGGCCGGCCUCUCAACGUGGUUCAGGCUUUCACAUCCCUUAGCCUCCUCGGUAUUCUAAUCAACCCCGUUUCCGAGCUCGUCAUGAUUCCAAAUAACCUCGGAGCGGCGAUCGGGUGUCUUGAUAGGAUCCAAGAGUACCUCGCCAAAGAGAAGCGGGAGGAUUAUCGUCUCGUCAAACCAAAUACAACUUCGGACCCCGCCGUGCAGGCAAGCAAUGGAAAUAGCGAGUCGCCACAAACUGACAGCCAAGCCCGGCCCCUGAUCAAAGUCUCAAACGGUUCUUUUGGCUGGCACAAAGACCAAGCCAUUCUCAAGUCCCUAGACCUCGAGAUCCGCCCAGGGAGUCUCACGAUUCUCGUCGGACCAGUGGGUUCGGGUAAAUCUACCCUACUGAAGUCCCUCGCGGGCGAGACGUACCGUAUCUCGGGGUCGGUCGAGUACGCAAGCUCAACAGACGUGGCGUACUGCGACCAAGACCCCUGGAUUCUGAACCAGAGCAUCAAGGAAAACAUCAUCGGCGGCGUCUCUUCGCGUGAAGAGGCAGACUUUUACGGCAAGAUUAUUCGCGCAUGUCAGUUGGAAGAGGAUCUUGAUCUCCUUCCGCAAGGCGAUGAGACCAUAGUGGGAAGCUCGGGUUCCGCUCUUAGUGGUGGUCAAAAGCAUCGGAUUGCACUUGCUAGAGCCGUUUAUAGCGCAAAGCAAAUCGUCAUCAUGGACGAUAACCUGAAAGGUCUAGAUUCUAAGACGGCUUCGAAAUGCUUCAACUCAUUGUUUGGGAUUGCUGGCCUUUUACGUGGGGAGGGGCGGGCUGUUAUCUUUGCGACGCACAAUGCCCAGUGGUUGCGUUCUGCAGACAACAUCAUUUCUCUUGGUAGCGACGGAACCAUUUCUGAGGCAGGCUUAUAUGAAGACCUCUGCAAGACCGGAGGCUACGUCAGUACUCUCAAAGUUACUCAGAAAAGCGAACAUGAAGACGGCGACUCGGCGGAGGCAGGAGUAGGAGGAGAAGAAAAUGGCAACAAGAAGGGCAAGGCUGCCGCGGUUCCCAAGCCAGAUGACUCGUCCAAGACCAAAGCUCGCGGCGCCGCGAAUACGAGUUCCUUGUUAUAUUACAUCAAGUCCAUGGGAACUACACCCUUUGGGCUUUUCGUGGCGAUGGUCAUCUUUCAAACCAUCUGCAGAAUCAUGCCACGCCUUUGGGUCAAGUUCUGGGUCGCUGCCAACGAGAAAGGAGGACAAGAGAAUGUGGGGAUGUGGGUGGGUGUCUACAUCCUCUGGGGCGUCUUGACGGAGAUGGCCCUCGCCAUCGAGUGCUACUACUUCCUCGUUGUCAUUGUUCCUCACUCGGCCAAGGGGCUUCACUUUAGCGUUCUCAAAGCCGCUCUCUCCGCACCCCUUUCUUUCUUUGUGAAGACCGAUACAGGCGUCAUCAUUAACCGAUUCAGCCAAGACAUGAACCUCGUCGACCUCCCCCUUCCCCUCGCCUUCAUGCUGACCUUUGACAACCUCACCCUCGCAAUAGCAGACAUAACCCUUACAACCCUCGCCACACCAAUCCUCUCCCUCUCCAUCCCAAUCCUCAUCCCCCUCCUUUACCUCCUCCAAAGAAUUUACCUCCAAACAUCCCGCCAAAUCCGCCUCCUCGACCUCGAAACCAAAUCCCCGCUCUUCUCGCACUUUAUCGCCUCCGCCACUGGCCUCAUCACCAUCCGCGCCCUCGGACCCCGCUGGACAUCCCGAGUGCAAUCUCAGAACCUGCAACGGCUAGACCUCUCCCAACGCGCGUUCUACGCGAUGGGAAGUCUGCAGAAAUGGCUUCUACUGGUGCUGAAUCUUGUCGUUGCUGCGUUGGCGGUGCUGCUUGUGGCGUCUGCUGUUUGGUUGAGAGACCGUGUGGACGCGGGGCUGCUUGGGGUCGCGCUCGUGAGUGUCAUGACGUUUGGGCAGCUGUUGACGCAGUUGUUGAACUAUUGGGCGCAGUUGGAGACUAGUUUGGGUGCUGUGACGAGGAUCAGAGAGUUCGAGGCGGAGACUCCCUCUGAGGAGAAUGACAACGGCAAGGAUCCUGUGGUGAAGGAGUGGCCUUCCAGGGGCCGAAUUGAUAUCCGCAACGUGUCGGCGGCAUAUGAUGACCAUCAGGUUUUCAGUGGCAUCAAUCUCACUGUUGAACCUGGAGAGAAGUUGGCCAUCUGCGGACGAACGGGCAGCGGGAAGUCCACCCUUCUUGCCUUGCUACUGAGACUUCACGAGCCGUCUACCGGUGUCAUUGAAGUGGACAGUGUAGAUAUCCGCAGCGUGCCCAUUGCACGGUUGCGUGAAUCUCUCGUCGCGUUGCCACAGGAUCCGCUCUUCCUACCCGGUACCGUUCGUCACAACUUGGACCCGUAUGAGUCUUGCAAAGAUGACACCGAUAUUUGGGACGCUUUGGAGAAGACGGGGCUCAAAGCUCUAUUCGAAGACAAGGGAGGUCUCGAGGCAAAUCUGAACACUGACUGGCUGAGCGCGGGACAGAAGCAGCUUUUCUGCAUGGCGAGGGCCAUCUUGAGGGAUAGUCGUGUCUUACUGCUCGAUGAAGCAACCAGCAGUCUCGAUCAAGCCACUGAACAAGUCGUGCAAGACCUCAUCGGCAGCAAGUUCCAGGAUUGGACCAUCAUUGUUAUUGCCCAUCGGCUGCGGGCUGUUGUGGACUUUGACAAGGUCGUGACGCUCCAAGACGGAAAGGUUGUGGAGUUUGAUAGUCCCAAGAAGCUGCUCGAGGACGGCGGCCAGUUUGCUACGAUGUGGAAACUGCAAGAAGGGUGA